CAAGGUUGCAUUUGAGAAAAAAUCAGCCACCACUCACCUGUCUCUCUCUCUCUCAAUCAAUCAAGGAAAUUCAUCAGGCUCUGCAGCGAGAAAUUGAAAUGGGGUUCAGAUCUCUAACCAAAUUCACCGCUUUCACCGUUGUGCUGGUGUUCAUGCUUUAUUGCUUCACCUUUAGAUCGACAGCCUACGAUCCACUUGAUCCCAAUGGAAAUAUCACAAUUAAAUGGGAUAUCAUGACCUGGACUCCUGAUGGAUACGUUGCUGUUGUUACAAUGUACAACUUCCAGCAAUAUCGACACAUUCAAGCACCGGGCUGGUCAUUAGGAUGGACGUGGGCAGAGAAGGAGCUGAUUUGGAACAUGAUUGGAAGUCAAACCACAGAGCAAGGUGAUUGUUCAAGAUUCAAAGGGAACAUUCCACAUUGCUGUAAGAAGGACCCAACGGUCGUGGACUUACUGCCAGGAACUCCUUACAACCAGCAGGUUGCAAAUUGCUGCAAGGGAGGAGUACUUAACUCAUGGGGGCAGGAUCCAGCAAAUGCUGCAAGCUCAUUCCAGCUCAGUGUUGGUGCAGCCGGAACCACCAACAAAACUGUAAGAGUGCCUAGGAACUUCACCUUGAAAGCCCCAGGACCUGGCUAUACUUGUGGACCCACAAAAGUUAGCAAACCUAGUAAAUUUUUUUCCCAAGAUGGAAGGAGAGUAACACAACCUAUGAUGACAUGGAAUGUUAUAUGCACAUAUUCCCAAUUCUUGGAUCAGAAAGCUCCUACUUGCUGUGUCUCUCUCUCAUCUUUCUAUAAUGACACGAUUGUACCCUGUCCAACAUGUACCUGUGGCUGCCAAAACAACAGUACUCAGCCAGGGAACUGCGUAGACCCAAACCCUCCAUACUUACCAUCCAUUUUUUCAAGCCCCGCCAAGAACAGCUAUGCGCCUCUGGUCAAAUGCACAAGUCAUAUGUGCCCAAUUCGAAUUCACUGGCAUGUGAAACUAAAUUCCAAGGAAUAUUGGCAAGUGCAGGUCACAAUAACAAACUUCAAUUACAGGAUGAACUACACACAGUGGAACUUGGUCGUCCAACAUCCCAACUUUGACAAUCUGACGCAGUUUUUCGGCAUUAACUACAAACCAUUGACUCCUUAUGCAUCUAUUAAUGAUACUGCCAUGCUAUGGGGCAUCAAGUUCUAUAAUGAUGUGCUCAUGCAAGCUGGUCCUUUGGGUUUGGGGAAUGUUCAGUUGGAGCUACUUUUCAGAAAGGAUAAAUCGACUUUCACUUUUGAGAAGGGUUGGCCUUUUCCUCGAAGGAUCUAUUUCAAUGGUGAUAAUUGUGGCAUGCCACCUCCUGAUGCCUAUCCAUAUUUGCCAAAGACCAGUUCUCGGUGA